CGAAUUCACUUCCAUACCACAUCGCCCUUGCCCAUCAUGAACGUCCCUUCACCUUUCGGCGGCAACACUCCCUCCAUUCCCCAGUUUGGUAACCAAGAUCCAAAUGUCAGAGCUAUCCAAGGCGCAAUGGAGUCAUGCUAUGGAAAGUCCAUCAUGUCAGGUGUAAUGGGUUUCGGCAUGGGCGGACUGUUUGGUCUCUUCAUGGCUUCGAUGUCCUACGAUACACCCUUCGGCAGUCCCCUCCAAGGCGCCAACGGCCAACCCGCCGUCACCUCACUCCCCCUCCGCCAGCAGCUCAAAAUCGGCUUCAAAGACAUGGGCACGCGAUCUUGGAGCAUGGCAAAGAACUUUGGAAAGGUCGGCGGCCUGUUUUCCGGAAUCGAGUGCGGCAUCGAGGGCCUGCGAGCCAAGAACGACCUGGUCAACGGCAUGGCGGCGGGAUGUCUAACGGGAGGCAUCCUGGCCAAGAAUGCGGGACCGCAGGCUGUUGUUGGAGGCUGCGCUGCGUUUGCGGCGUUUAGUGCGGCGAUUGAUGCGUACAUGAGGCAGCCGAGCGAUGAGUAAACACGGCGGGACGCUGUCUUGCCUCUACAAAAAUGACAGUGGGCGACAGAGAGAGAGAGAUGUUGUACGAUGAUACGAGGAUUUUUGAACUACAUUAGGUUUGGCUUUGUCCUGAUUACGGACUGAGGAGUUACGGUAGAGUGAACAUAUAGAGCAUCUGGGCUGGCGUUGGAGGCACUGACAUGGUACAUCUCUCCACUUUUGUGUGGUCUUUUCAAGAUACGAGGAGAGAGAGAAAAGGAGGGGACAGAGGUAACAGCAUGCUGUCAUCUCUCUUCAUUGAGGAAUCUGGGUGUGUAUGAUAAAUACCCAGGCUGCUAUAGAAGCAAGUUAUCUGUAUUAUAAGAAUCAUAUUAUUUAAUUAUCAAAUAUUAACGGCAGGCCCCUUUUCGUCAAGGGACCAUAUAUUCAUUCCUUAUUUGUACCGUUUUUUUCCUUUCUUUUCUCAUUACUACGUGAAAUAAAUCGGCAUUCAUCCUGUUUCUGUAACCUUUUACGACAGUAAUUUUGAGCCUCACUUCAUUGAACGACUGGAGAUUGUGCUGGCUAUGAUG